AUGCUAUCCUUUAGAACCACCGGGUACAAUGGGUACGGAGUAACUUACUCUCCAUUUUUCGAUAACAAAAUCGCAGUUGCCACGGCAGCAAACUAUGGGUUAGUUGGUAACGGUAAGCUCUAUAUCUUGAACAUUGAACCUAAUGGGACAAUUUCCAACCAAAUCUCGUGGGAAUCACAAGACGGGUUGUUUGAUGUAUCUUGGAGUGAAGCGCAUGAAAAUCAAUGCGUGGUGGCGAGUGGUGAUGGUAGUGUCAAACUCUUCGAUUUGAAGGUUGGCCAAUUCCCGGUGAUGAAUUGGAAGGAACAUCAGAGAGAAGUAUUUCUGGUUAAUUGGAAUUUAGUUGAUAAGCUGAAUUUUGUAACCACAUCAUGGGAUGGGACUAUUAAAAUUUGGACUCCCAACAGGCAAGAGAGUAUGUUGACGUUGAAUCCUGGAGAAGUGGACUUCACGACCAAGACUUCCCCAGUGAUCAACACAGCAAAGCCACCUGCACCUCCAAUGUCACAUAACCAAAAGAAUCAACCAUUCAAUACGGCAAAUUGCAUAUACAAUGCUACAUUUUCCCCACAUUCCCCAUCUACACUUAUCUCAUGUAAUGGGUCCUCGCAUCUUCAAAUUUGGGAUAUCAGAGCUCCUCACCCGCUCCAGAUAGACUUUGUAGCGCAUGGAGGACUCGAGGCACUCUCUUGUGAUUGGAACAAGUAUAAAUCAACUAUUGUAGCUUCAGGGGGGACUGAUAAGUCGGUACGAAUUUGGGAUUUGCGUAUGGUUUCCAAGCUUGAUCAACCAAUGUCAAAUGCCCCAAUGCCUGCGUACCAUAUGAGGGGUCCUACACCACUCAACCAGAUGUUGGGCCAUGACUUCGCGAUAAGAAAAGUCUUAUGGUCACCACAUGAUUCGCAGGAAUUGAUGAGUACUUCCUAUGACAUGACAUGUAGAGUAUGGCAGGAUAAGUCCAACGAACGUGCAAGAUUUUUGAAUGUGGGUGAUGGUGCAUGCAAGGGAGUAAUGAGAGCUCAUAAAGAAUUCACUGUGGGCUGUGACUACAGUUUGUGGGGUGAACCUGGCUGGGCUGUGAGCACAGGUUGGGACGAAAUGGUGUAUGUCUGGGAUUCAAAGCGAUUAUAA